AUGCGCAAGUGCAACUUCAACAAAGCCCAGCUCUUCAGCGCGUCCUUCUUCGACGCGGACCUCGCGGGCACGACCUUCGUCGACGCGGACAUGAAGCAGGUGAACCUCGAGAUGGCCGACCUCUCGAACGCGGAUCUCACGAACGCGGACCUCACGGAGGCCUACAUGGCCGGCGCCGUCAUCAAGGACCUCAAGAAGAUCGACAACACGGACUGGACCGACGUCGACAUGCGCAAGGACCAGCGCACCUACCUCUGCUCCAUCGCCAAGGGCACGAACCCGAAGACGGGCAUGGACACGCGGGACACGCUCAUGUGCAAAUAG